AUGACUUCUGGCUUGGGUCUCGGAAAAGCGUCCGCAUCAGACUUCUUUCGCUUCUUGGACUUGAAUCUGGCUAUAGAAUUGGAGUUGGGAAGGGAAGGCUCCGGCAGUGAAGGGAGCUUCUUGGGAGGAGAUGGUGUGGCCGCUGCAGCGACAGGAGGUGAGCAUGGCGGGAUGGAAGAGGGGGGCGAGAUGGACGUGACGUCGAGAGAAGUGAUGUCGAC